CACAAACCUGAAUCGAGAGAAAAGAAAAAUUCUGUCAAUAAGAUCAAAGAUUCUGUUGAUUUUGUCGAAUUUCCAGUGCCCAAAGUGUAUCGAUCGAAAUCUGGUUGAUCUCAGGACCAAUUUGUGACCUUAUAGUAUCGUUAAAAUGAACGGUUUGUCGUUCAGUGAGCUGUGUUGUUUGUUCUGCUGUCCACCAUGUCCAUCACGGAUUGCUGCCAAACUGGCUUUCCUGCCCCCAGAACCGACAUAUUCGUUCAUCUCAGAUGAAACAGGGUCCAGAUAUAGCCUACACCUGACUGAGAAGGCAGAAUGGCAGUAUACCCAGAGAGAACUAGACUGUAUAGAAGUGUUUAUGACCCGUACAGCACGGGGAAAUCGGAUAGGUUGUAUGUUUGUAAGGUGUUCUCCCGCAGCAAAAUACACAAUCCUGUUCAGUCAUGGAAAUGCUGUUGACCUCGGUCAGAUGAGUAGUUUUUACAUUGGACUCGGUUCAAGAAUUGGCUGCAACAUAUUCAGCUAUGAUUACUCAGGGUAUGGCGUUAGCUCUGGACGACCUUCAGAGAAAAACUUAUAUUCGGACGUUGAUGCUGCUUGGCAGGCAGUUCGAACAAGAUAUGGAAUCAGUCCGGAUAACAUAAUCCUAUAUGGACAGAGCAUAGGCACAGUUCCUACUGUAGAUUUAGCGGCGAGAUAUGAAGUGGGAGCCGUUAUUUUACAUUCACCAUUGAUGUCAGGGAUGAGGGUUGCGUUUCCAGACACGAAGAGAACGUGGUUCUUUGAUGCAUUUCCUAGCAUCGACAAAGUGCCCAAGAUAACAUCACCUGUUCUUGUGAUACACGGCACCGAGGAUGAAGUCAUCGAUUUCUCACACGGGCUCGCGAUCUACGAACGUUGCCCACGGACAGUAGAGCCCCUCUGGGUUGAAGGUGCUGGACAUAAUGAUGUGGAGUUGUACGGCCAGUACCUUGAAAGAUUGAAACAAUUUGUAACUGUUGAGCUAGCAGUCAAUUGAUGACACAUGAUGUUAAUCAAACUGGAUAUAUGGUAUAUAUUGAUAUAUUAUUCAAAUGAUAAUGCAGUUCUUGAAAAUGAGAGCAGACAACAGUUUAUGAAAUAUAAAUAUAUUUCUAUUUUUCCAUGUGGAUAUAGUAAACUAUCUUUCAAAUCAUAGGGAUAGAAUCUACGCUUCUGUGGACAUUUCUAACUCUGUCUCCCUACCGGGUUGCACUGGCUACUAGUGCUAGCCAUGGGCAAAGCAGCUUCGCCAACUAUACAAGUUCCUCAGAUAUCAUGAUGCAGUGGCUGAGCCUGUUGAGAAACAGAGUGCAGUUUCAAAGGGCCAGUCAGGCAGGGGAUACCUAUAAGUGUGGCUGGAGAGUGACUGGUUUCUGGUAAUGCUACAUUUACGUGGUUGCGGCCCCUCUGCAGAGAAACAAGCAAGAUACCUUUAUUGUAGGAGUGUUCUUAUCAACAUGACCAACAUGUGCCCAUCAUCAUUUGUUAGAAUUGCUUCCCUAAUACCAGUGCAGCCUCGUCUCAUCGUGCCUUGGUUGUCGAUGUAAGAAUCAUAAGGCAGCAACAGCGUGGGAAGAAUUCAGGGAGCAUUUCCUUUGAUAACAGCUGAUAAUAAAUGUGUCACCAUCAAAUGUGCCGUUUCACUUUGGUUUAGCAGCGGAGUAGCAGAUUUAGCAGGACUUGUGAUUAUUGGGAUAUCCUCACCGGAGAAGUACCCAGCAUGAAACUAAUGGGAUCUGGAUGUGUUUUAUCUCGCGUCUUGUUGUAAUUAUAAAUGUAGUGACAAGUUUGUAAAUCAAAAAUUCUCAAUCUUUAUCUCAAAAGAUAUAAUUCUAUUGUAUUUUGUACAUAAAUGGUCAGGGGAUUCCUGUUGAUUGAAUAUUCUGUCGGAAUAUGUAUCGAAAAUGGGUGUCUCUUGCCCAGAACAUUGUAAUUGUGAAGAUCAUCUUCCAGAUGGAACAAGGCAAUUUACAUUGUGUAUGAAAGUUAGACAAAAUUAUUGCUGUUUUGACGAAAUUUGGGAACAUCCUUCUUUGGUUAAUACUGCAUGGUAUAAAUAAUUCUGUUGCGUGAAUUUUCCAUUAACAGCAAAUUGCACUAAAAAUUGUUUUAUCAUAAUCACAUUAUUUUGACAUAUCUGAAUGAAAUUCCGUUGCUCGGUGUUCCAGAAGAUGCAUAUUUUACCUCCCUUGGAGCAGGUCUGAAGCCGAUUUUAUGACAACAUCACAGAGGCACUUUAUUUCUGGAUAAAAUAAUUGGUUUAACCCUCCUUUACAGCUUGCUGUGUUGCAUCUCAUGUGAUAUGUUAUUCAUGCUCAAAGCUAGAUCACCUUGCCCAUAAUUGAUAGACAGGAUGAUGUAGUCAGUGGAGGACAAGGUUAUCAAUGAUUUAUGUAAGCAUCUCGCUGUCAGAAAUCAUGUCAGGUGUAAAAUGAAUGAUAGAAAUAUUUCACCGACUUUUCAUGAAGACCCACAUCUACACAUAGUGUAUUAGCUGAAGUACAAUGCAUAGCUAACAAAGUAGAUCUUGCACCUACAUUAGCCGGGAAAUAUACUGAUACCUUAUUGUGUUUAUUGUGCUACUGUUGCCACGGUAAAUAGCAAGCGUAAUGGAACCGUGGUGAAAAAGCAAUCUGCAAAUACCAACCCCUUGAUGGUAUCUGGUAAAUGUCCGGCAUUUUGGCUAUGAGAAAAACUCAGAAUGAAUGCAUCUAGGGGCGUUGGAAGUCUCAUGUGGUUGUAUCCGUCAUCUCAUUCCUGACUGGUAUAGUUAUUGAAGUUGGCCAUGGUUCUAGAGGGUAAACUCAGAUGUAUGUUACACUAUACUUGAGAAAUUUUACAUCAUUAUACCAUGCAUUUGAAACAAAUGGUCAGACAUGUUGUUUUUACAAUAAAUAACAUAGGCAUUACAGUACAUUGUAUUUGGCAUUUCCUCAUACAUAUGACAUGUACACUGAUGGUGUAUGUAAUGUAGAUUGCAGUGUGUCCAAUGACCAUUUGCAUUCUUCACUACAUUGUAACAAAUCUACUUAUGAGAAUUAAUGAGUCGGCUGGUAUUGUGUAAAAAAUUAGGCUGAUAACUUAGAUAAGUAAAGGCUGAUGAGGAAAUCUCGAAAUUAUUCUCCCUGUUGCGUGCCAACAUGGCUAUUAUGAAGGCUACUGAUACUCGUUAUGAUAAAUAUGUCAAUCUUCGAGCCAAUUACCGUUUUGACUGAUUAUCCCCUGGACACUGGUAGUGCAUAUUGGAUUGGACUUCCAGUGAUCCAUUCCAAUGCAUUGGGAUGGGAUUAUUCAUAUUGUCCAUCUCUACCAGCUAGGUACCCAUUUAAUCCUGGGUGGAGAGAAGCAAGUAGGGUUAAGGGCCUUGCUCAAGGCACAAAGAUGAAACAGCGGUGUCCCUCUGAGAGUCAAACCCAUGACCUCUUGAUUAUAAGCCUGGUUCUCUAACCACUAUGCCACUGAUUUCUCAUGUUUGCAAGUCUCCAUCUGAGCCAAUUACAUCCUCACCGAUUGUUCCCUACAAUUCACCUUGAAUCAAGAUACAGGAUACAGUCUUGGAGGCUAAUUCUAAGAAGGUUCUGUUUCAUAUUCAAUCUUGCGUACACAUUGCUAGGAAUUGCUCUGCCCAGCAUUUUAAAUCAAGAGCCAAGUAGCAAUGAAUUCAUGUCACACCGGAGCAUCGUUAGCAAUCUGUAUCUGUCAUCAGCUCAAGACAAACCGCCUUCUCAGAAGUGUUCUUCAGUUGCCGUGAUUAAUCAGAGCGAUCGAGGGGGAGCUGAAACUCCGCUGAGAUUUGACUCGCUGAGUGGGGAUUUUAAAACAAGGUACUAAAUCAAAUGUGAAAGGUCAAAUGUGAAAGGUGUGUAGUCUGGUGUACGUUCUUGAACUUUGAACUUGCAGAUCUGGGGCUGGAAGUUGAGAUGUUCGAUAUAUUGAUCUCGGGGAAUAUUGAUUGGUUGAGUGUGCUAAUUUCCGAGGAUUAGUUACACUUUGUUAGCCGAGGCAUACAACAACACUUGUGAUAAAUUGUCAUAGUAUAGCAACAGUGCAAAACAGUACCACCACAUUAACAAAAAAUCCUGUACUAUAUAGAUUUUGUUUAGUUCCUGCUCUCUUUAUGAAUUCUUUGUGAUCAUUAGGGAUUAGGGUAAUGAUGCAACAGGUGUAGUGUACUUAUCAUUUAUGACAAUAUUUUGUAGAAAAAUCUAUUGCUUUUGGACUUGUUUGUAUAUCAAUGUAGUGUCCAAUCACUUCAUUGGGCGUCUUUCUGUCAUGUAUGGACGGUAGUUUGUAGAUUCUGGGUCUAGUAAUAUGACUAAAGGUCAAUGUAAUAAUUUCAACCUAAAUGGACUUGAGUGAAUUUUGAGGUUGAUUUGGGGAAGUUGAGGGUUAUGUGGUAUGGGGGUGAAUGAGUUUAAAAUACUAGUAAAGAAGUCAGGGAUGAGUGCAGUGCAUAUCCUGGGAUGUGUGCAGUUCAUAUCCUGGGAUGGGUGCAGUACAUAUCCUUGGAUGGGUGCAGUACAUAAUCCUGGGAUGGGUGCAGUACAUAUCCCGGGAUGGGUGCAGUACAUAUCCUGGGAUGGGUGCAGUACAUAUCCCGGGAUGGGUGCAGUACAUAUCCCGGGAUGGGUGCAGUACAUAUCCCGGGAUGGGUGCAGUACAUAUCCUGUCUGCAUUCGCGAUACUGUCGAAAAUGGUGUGAACAACUUGAGGGAAUAUUUUACUUAGAUAUUUUGUUUGAAUUGAAUGUUUAUUAUCUGUUGGUUUGACAUUGUCAUUGUUUUAUUUGUUUUAUUGUACAUUUAUCAUCAUGUGGUUAUAUCUUUUGAUCAUGGACUGUCCAAUGCACCCUGCACAUUUUAUUUUCUUAUACCAAAUUGCUUGCAAGAACAUUUGCGCAUCUUCAGAUCUUGGAAGUAUGUAAUCAAUCAAUGCUGCACAGUAAUUUAGAAACCUUGAUUAUUUGGGUGAUUUGAUCAACUUAUAGUCUAGUGAUCAAUUUGUAGUUGGUGGUUUUCUUGGAUUGCACAGAAUCUGAACCAGGUAGGCAGUAGUAACAUCGCAGCAUAGUAUACUGAAACAGCUUCUGUACCAUAGUAGAAAGUUCAGCAGAUGCAUUUCACCAAGUAAUGUUGCCUGAAUUAGGACAAGGUUGGCUAAUUACCCUGCACUUGAUAUGUUUUGGUUUAUUUUUCUUCACCACAAUACGAAAUUGGCAUGUGUGUGUGAGAUGCUUUAUUUCGGUAGGAUCGGGCAUAUAUUGAAAAAUGUGACUUGAAUCCGUGCUGGUAUUUCAUAAUGCACUUUCUCUGGCCUGGAGCUGUGUGCAAAUGGAAAUAGUAAAUUGGUAAUUCAAUAAAGAAUACAACACAUUGUACCAUUGUAAUUGAUCUUUUAGAUGCAUUUGGCUCAUAGCUAAGGUUUGGCAUCUUUGUACGAGGAACUUGCAUGUAGUCCUCUCAUCUGUGAUAGAGAACUAUCGGUACUUUUGCAUGUCCCUAUAAAAUCUAUUAUGGACAAUCAACAAUAACUUGAUAACUGGUCAAGGGUAAAUUCAUUUAAAAUGUUAAUGUUUAUCUUAUUUCUUCAUUUCGUUAGACUUGUAUUUAAAAUCACAAUAUUAUUAUUUGAAAUUUUUUUAAUUGUCAAUGUUCAUAUGCAUGUAGAAAGGUAUAUCGAAAGCUUGUUCAAUUUAGUUCUGUAAGGUGUGCUAAAUUUCUGUAUUUUUCACAUUGUAAUUACAAUGUAUAGUGUUGCUGAUGACAGUGUAAUUAUGUUAUUGUCAAGGGUCUUUGGUAUUUAUGACAGCGGCCACAUUCAUUGUACAAUGAAGAGUAUUUCAGUGAACAAGUCGACUUUGCCUCAUCUCCUUUCCACUGCGCCACUAUGACAGGCUCUCUUUGUCUGUUGGGCAAUAGUGUUUAUUUGUCAUAUUUCUGUCACAUUGUAGAUGACCCCAGUGAUUGAGAGCACAGGUAGUUAUCUUUUCUUUCAGUUUAUCUGGGUCUAUUUGGUCAGUUUGUGUUGAUGCCACUUAAGCCAGUCAGUGUUAUUUUGUGUUGCAAAGUAAAAGCGGUGAAUUUCAGUUGGCUAUGAAUGAUUUAUCUUUAUAGGGUCUAUAGUGAGUAUAUUUUCAGUUCGGAGGUUUCAUCUCAGCCAAACUUGCUCCCUGAGGUUGGUUCAUGCUUCUUUGCUCAGAUCAGCAGCCACAUUGCAAAAACAGUUUCUUGUAUCAUAUGGAGAGGUAUAAACCAAGUCUAUCAGACUGUGCAGUGAUUGUUCUAUAGGCACAUGUAAUUGCCUUAUACUCAAAAUGAGGGGAAGCGGCUUUGAGAGUGAGCAGCAAUCAUCCGUUAUUUUUCAGCUUGUUGUUUUAUAUGAAAUUUCUAUUCAGUAGUUUUUAACCGUCAAGGUCUGUAUGCAUAAUUCUUCAAAAUUUAACUUAAAUCGGGAUGAAUUUACUGAAAAAAUCACCACCUCUAUCUUACAGUGGAGACUUUUAGGAGACAACGAAUUUUCUAUUGUAAUAAAGGAGAGUUUAAUUUGAAAAAAGAAUAAUAAUGUUGUAGUGAAGGUGUUGAGCUCAAAGCUGGUAAAUGCAGAUUGUGAAAAUAUUUCAUGCAACAUAGUUUGCUUGGAGUACUGCACAUGCUGCUAUUAGGUAGACAUUUUUCAUGGGCUUAUCGUAUUUUGUUUUAAAGAGUUAACGAUGUUGCAUUUUUGUCCAUCUUUCUAAACUCUAAGCUCUGGGUUCAGCCGUACAAGUUGGUGUCAGACCUUGGGUGGCUAAAUGCCUUGUUAUAAUGCCUUCUGCUCCUAGAAAAUUUGUAACGCUGUUAGUGUUGCGUUGUGUUUGUACAUCUGGGCUAGUCAUCUGUAUAUAUUAUAUCGAUCUUAAAUAAAUACAUCCAUUCACUGAAA